UUUUUGAUGCGGGAGAGCAGCGCACUGGAGUAGAGAUAGCUGAAUAGAAAUCGCAGUAGCAUGUCGCCGAUAAGAAACUGGGUCAUAGCGAAACAUAGAAUGUAUGACGCAGAAAGAGGUCAGCAAACCCCAACUACGCGCUGACAAGAAACCGUCCUGAAAUUCCGGUAGGAUUUUGCACGUUAUUCGCAAAGCCUACAAUGGGCCACGGCAGACAGCUGCAUCGUAACGGGUUGGUCAGUAAAGCUGCAGCUGUUAUUUCGGGAGCCGGGACAGUCUCACUCGUGUAUUUCAAGACCUCGUGCGAAGACGAUGACAAAUGCAGUUCGCUUUCCGGCGCUACAUUCGGCUUCUGAGUGAGUGCUGGGAAUAUAUUGAACGUUUAAAGCCUGCUCAUUAUAUGUUCUAGCAGUUCUGACAGACAUUUUGAUGGUGAAUUUUGUAUCUGAUUGUUACCAUCAAUCCCUUUAUCGGACACAAUGGAGUGAAUUACACUAGGGGAGCAACCGUCAGCAGUUUUCUUGCGUGUGAUGAUAGGAGACACAAUGACGCUGUUGUCUCUUUUGGGUCGGAUCAUGCGUUAUUUCCUCCUGAGGCCAGAGACUUUGUUUCUACUAUGCAUUAGCUUGGCCUUAUGGAGUUACUUCUUCCACACCGACGAGGUAAAGACCAUCGUCAAGUCGAGCCGAGAUGCGGUGAAGAUGGUGAAGGGGAAAGUCGCAGAGAUAAUGCAGAACGACAGGUUGGGGGGAUUGAACGUCCUAGACGCGGAGUUCUCCAAAACCUGGGAGUUCAAAAAUGACAAUGUAGCGGUGUACUCAAUUCAGGGACGGCGUGACCACAUGGAGGACCGCUUCGAGGUGCUCACCGACAUCACCAACAAAAGUCACCCGUCGAUAUUCGGGAUUUUUGACGGUCACGGUGGUGAGGCGGCUGCAGACUACGUUAAGGCCCAUCUCCCAGAGUCUCUGAAACAACAGCUGCUGUCCAAUGAGAGGGAGAAGAGGGAGAGCGUCCUCUCCUAUCCCAGCAUUCUGGAGCAGCGCAUUCUGGCCGUGGAUCGAGACAUGCUGGAGAAACUCUCCGCCAAUCACGACGAAGCAGGCACGACGUGUCUGGUGGCCCUGUUGUCCGACCGGGAGCUGACGGUGGCCAACGUCGGGGACUCGCGGGGCGUGCUGUGCGACAAGGACGGUAACGCUGUCGCCCUGUCACAUGACCACAAGCCCUACCAGCUGAAGGAGCGCAAGAGGAUCAAGAGGGCAGGGGGCUUCAUCAGCUUCAACGGCUCCUGGCGUGUCCAGGGCAUCCUGGCCAUGUCUCGCUCUCUGGGCGACUACCCCCUGAAGAACCUCAACGUGGUCAUCCCCGACCCAGAUGUGUUGACCUUUGACUUGGACAAGCUGCAGCCCGAGUUCAUGAUCCUGGCGUCGGACGGCCUGUGGGACGCCUUCAGCAACGAGGAGGCGGUGCGCUUUGUGCGCGAACGCCUGGACGAGCCCCACUACGGCGCCAAAAGCAUUGUGCUGCAGUCCUUCUACCGUGGUUGCCCUGACAACAUCACCGUUAUGGUGGUCAAGUUCAAGGGCGGCCCGGGGGGGGUCAAGGCUGGGGAGUAGAGUCUCUGAUGAGGUCAGCAUGAGGUCACAGGGUCAUGACGGACAGGGUCAUUUUUAUUGUUCUAUCAUAAGCUCUCCUCACCCGGGAGAGUGCAGAAAUCGGUCAGCUUUAAAGGAUUGCUGCUACCUGGAUGCCUGACCUUAACAACAGACAGUUACAGAGUUCCUUUCCUUUCUGACGACUAGUUUAUUUAUUUUUUACUUAACUCUGAAGCUGGACUGCUUGAAUGUCCUGAGACACACUCACACACACACACACACACACACACACACAGUCAUCCAUCUGCCAUUUCACACAUUGGCAUCCAGCAUGAACACACUCUCUUCUCAUCCAUUAACACACACACUUCUCCAUGACUGAAAAGAAGACUGACCCAACACAGCACAGCAAAUUGAUUUGCUGUUCCCUACACAUACUCCAGCCGUUUGUUCUACUGACCCUGUCCUGGGGUCAACAAAAAGCCCUUUGGACGUCACUGUUUUCCUGGAAUGAUUCCACCUUGAUUCCACCUUGAUUCCACCUUGAUUCCACCUUACAUAUCAGCCCAUCAAAGCUCUCUAAGUCACUGGACGUUACAUUGUCUUAGCUGAACAGUAGAGAUGUUAACUACCUUUAGAAGGUACCGAAACCAAAAGGUCACUGGUUUACCCUGUCCAUGUUUUAGCCAGUCAAUGUUUAACUGUCAAUAGUUUAGCCUAUCCAUGUUUUUUAACACUGUCUAGGGUUUAGCCAGUCUAAGAUUUACCCUGUCCAUGUCCUACCCAUGUUUAACUGUCCCUGUUUUAGCCUACCCAUGUUUAACUGUCCCUGUUUUAGCCUACCCAUGUUUAACUGUCAAUUGUUUAGCCAGUCCAUGUUUAACCCUGUCCAUGUUUAACCCUGUCCAUGGUUUAGCCUGUCCAUGUUUAACCCUGUCCAUGGUUUAGCCUGUCCAUGUUUAACCCUGUCCAUGGUUUAGCCUGUCCAUAUUUAACCCUGUCCCUGGUUUAGCCAGUCCAUGUUUAACCCUGUCCAUGUUUAACCCUGUCCAUGGUUUAGCCAGUCCAUGUUUAACCCUGUCCAUGUUUAACCCUGUCCAUGUUUAACCCUGUCCAUGGUUUAGCCUGUCCAUGUUUAACCCUGUCCAUGGUUUAGCCUGUCCAUAUUUAACCCUGUCCCUGGUUUAGCCAGUCCAUGUUUAACCCUGUCCAUGUUUAACCCUGUCCCUGGUUUAGCCAGUCCAUGUUUAACCCUGUCCAUGUUUAACCCUGUCCAUGUUUAACCCUGUCCCUGGUUUAGCCAGUCCAUGUUUAACCCUGUCCAUGUUUAACCCUGUCCAUGUUUAACCCUGUCCAUGGUUUAGCCUGUCCAUGGUUUAGCCUGUCCAUGUUUAACCCUGUCCAUGGUUUAGCCUGUCCAUGGUUUAGCCAGUCCAUGUUUAACCCUGUCCAUGGUUUAGCCAGUCCAUGUUUAACCCUGUCCAUGUUUAACCCUGUCCCUGGUUUAGCCAGUCCAUGUUUAACCCUGUCCAUGUUUAACCCUGUCCAUGUUUAACCCUGUCCAUGGUUUAGCCUGUCCAUGUUUAACCCUGUCCAUGGUUUAGCCUGUCCAUGGUUUAGCCAGUCCAUGUUUAACCCUGUCCAUGGUUUAGCCAGUCCAUGUUUAACCCUGUCCAUGUUUAACCCUGUCCAUGUUUAACCCUGUCCAUGGUUUAGCCUGUCCAUGUUUAACACUGUCCAUGGUUUAGACCAUCCUUGUGAGGGAAAUAUCUGUGGUUGUCCUCCACCAUGGUAGACAUACAGACUGCGAGGUGGAACUCAAGCUAGUCAUGCACCGUAACCACAGCGACUAACUCCAAGGCUAACACGGCUGAAGCAGGGUGGCUAGCUGCCAGUGAUGUCAGUAUGACUGGUGUGAAUCCCAAUGUGUCAUUAAGGUCAGGAUCAUGCAAAAGACCGAUGAUUGCCAACUCCGUUCCAAGACCAGCAGUGCGUUCGGGAUUUCCUUCCAGCCCAGCACCACUGAUUCACACUGUGGUUGUCAGUUAUCUCAGUGGUUUGUUAGCUUUAGCACCGCACUACGCUAUCGGAUACUACUUUUAAUGUAUUGCAUCCAUUUUUUUUUGUGCUUGAAAUGACAUGUGGCAGGCCUUAUAUAAUUUAACACACUUUAUUUGCCUUAUUUAUUGUUUCCGUUUAAAUGUCUUUGCCCAAACAAAACAAACUGUGGUUUAUUGUUUACCUGCACAGGUGCAUAAGUUGAUGAUCUAACAAUAAUUACACGUAGACAGGUCUACAACACACUCACGCUCUGUCUUAUACAUAAAUGUAUGAAUUUGCUGAAUGCCGCCUGUCAGUAUUAAAUACAAUGAUACUG